AUGGGGAGAAUGAAUGUCUUCUCCCCCGACAUCAUCACCGAGCCAUUACCCCCAAACUUCAAAGCUCCCACCUUGGAGAGGUACGACAAGAACACAGACCCGAAUGAUCACCUAGAGAGCUUUAGGGCACUCAUGAUCCUAUAUGGAUACUCCGAUGCCUUGACAUGCCGAACUUUCCAAGCAACCUUCAAGGGAGCCGCUCGACGGUGGUUCUCAAGCCUCCCACCUCAGUCCAUUAACUCAUGGGAGCAAUUCUCUAGCCUGUUCCUUGCUCGCUUCAUCAGCAGUCGACGAGCCCAAAAGAGUGUUGUCUCGCUAAUGACAGUUAAGCAGAAGCGAGGAGAAAGUUUACGGUCGUACAUCGAUCGCUUCAAGAAGGAAGAGCUCGAGGUCCAUGACCUCAACCCCAUGGUUUCCAUGCACACCGCCAUCAGCGAACUCCUCCCUAGCUUGGCCCUCAAGUACUCAAUCGCCAAAAGCCAGCCGAAGACAAAACUGGAGUUCCUUGAGAGGGCCCAAAAGUACACUGUAGUCAAAGAGGCUUUGGUUGGUGAUAUUCAAGAAAGGGGCACCGAGCACCGGGACAAAGACCCAGAGAAGAAGAGAAAGAAUGGAGAUCACGACCGCAACAAUGGCAACAGCAAGAACAACAAGAAGCCACCGGCCUCGGCCCUGGCUUAUUACCAGGGGAACCCAAAAAAGUACUACAAAUUCCAUCAAGGCACUAGCCACGAUACAGAAGACUGUUAUGAUCUCAAGAAUGAAAUAGAGUCCCUCAUAUGCCAAGGCCACCUCAAGCAGUACGUUGGAGGCGAGGCUGGCGCCUCGUCCACUCAACAACAACAUCAACAAAUAGUCAGCGUCAUCAACAUCAUAGCCGGAGGCACAGCCUCGGCUUUGGCUCGCAAGGCCUACUUCAGGCAGCUAAGCAUCCAGGGGCCGAUUCUCAAGAGGAAGAAGCAGAAAGAGACCCUCUCCUUCACGGAUGAGGAUUUGAAGGGGGUGGCAGUCCCCCACGACAACACUCUAGUGGUUUCGACCAUCAUUACAUACUUCGUAGUUAAGAGGAUCCUCGUUGACAAUGGCUCCUCUGUCGAUAUCCUCUUCUACGAAGCUUUUGAGAAGAUGAAGAUAGCACCGGAGCGCCUUCAACCAACGGACGUCCCACUAGUUGGCUUCUCCAACAAUGUUGUCAAACCAGAGGGUAAGAUCACCUUACCAGUCACAGUAGGGACAGAGCUCCAACAGGGGACGAGGAUGACAGAGUUCUUGCUCGUAAACGGCAAGUACGAGACCAGAGAACAAAGCAUGUCCAAGAACCUCGCCAAAGUCCAAGAUUUAGCUUACCACUUCCAGCUCUUCUCCUUGCAACAGGUUCCACGAGCCGAGAACGUAAGGGCCGAUGCCCUCUCCAAGUUGGCAAACACCUCGAACGGAGUCCUCGGCUGA